GAAUUCAAAGACCAACGCAACUCACUGCAUUGGCAUUAGAAAAAAUUAUUGAUAAAGAAUGUAGAGCAAACAUGGAUAAGCUUUACUCCCACACGCGAACCACGUUCCUCACUACCCUUGUCCCAAUCCAAUCCCUCUCCUUCCGCAAUCACAAUCACAAUCACAAUCACAGUCUCAGACUCUUCUGUUCCUCUUCCAACCCCUCACGUCCGCCGCCGGUGGUUGUGGUGGGUUCCGCCAACGCCGACAUCUACGUCGAGAUCGAUCGGCUGCCGCGCGAUGGCGAGAUUCUCGUGGCGAGGUCCGGCCAGACGCUCGCUGGCGGGAAGGGUGCCAACCAGGCCACACAGGUCGGUGACGAGGCCUACGGGAGCCUCGUCACCGACGCGCUCCGCGGCGGCGGGGUUCGCCUCGACGGUCUCACGGUGGUUUCGUCCGCGCCUACGGGUCACGCGGUUGUGAUGCUCCAAUCCAACGGCCAGAACUCCAUCAUCUACAUCGGGGGUGCAAACUUGAGUUGUUGGCCCAGAGUACUGCCACGUCAGCAUUUGGACCUUGUGGCCCAAGCGGGCAUUGUUUUAUUACAGCGGGAGAUACCCGAUUAUGUCAACGCUCAAGUCGCACAG